AUGUUUAAUGUUAUAUUAAUCGCAAUAUUUCCAUGUGCCUUAUUAUAUUUAAUAAUCUAAUAUAAAAAAAGCUAAAAAUUAAAUCCCUUAAAAAAUGGGAUUAUGGUAGUAUUUGGAUCAGGAGGUCAUACAACUGAAAUGCUUUUUUUGUUAAAAAACUUUAAUUUUAAAUUAUUCAAAAAUAUAUACUUUGUUAAAGCAAAAUCUGAUAUAGACUCUAAAAUUAGAGUUGAAUAAUUUUGUAAUGAAUAAAAUAAUCAACUUAAAAUUAAAAAUAUAAUAUGGAUUGAUAUUCCUAGAAGUAGAGAAGUUGGAUAAUCUUAUUUUUCUUCAAAUUUUACAACAAUAUAUUCAAUUAUUUUUUGCUUUUUUAAAAUUUUAUAAAUACGAUAAAUCGAUAUAUUAAUAUGUAAUGGCCCUGGUACUUGUGUUCCUUUGAUUUUUUGUGUUUUAUUUAACAAAAUAUUUUUUAUUUAUAGGAAUAGUAAAAUCAUUUUUAUUGAAAGUUGGUGUAGAGUUAAAAGUUUGUCUUUAACUGGUAAAUUAAUAAUAAGAUUUGUUGAUAGGUUUAAUAAAAACUAAUAUUAUUAUUAUAUAAUAUAAUUUUUUAUUUAUACGUAUUUAUCAUAUUAAUAUAUUUUAUAAUAAAUAUUAAAUUAGAUUUUAGUUCAUUGGGAAGAGUUAAAAUAUAAACAUAAAAACGUUUAAUAUAUUGGAUAAUUGAUAUGA